GAUAAAAAUGGAGGCCCAAAAAAGGAUGAGUGCUUCUGAUCAUCUAGUUGAUGACAAGAACGAUGGAGGGUUUCUUCCAGGGUUUCGAUUCCAUCCUACAGAUGAAGAGCUUGUCGGAUUUUAUCUUCCAAGGAAGGUGGAGAAGAAGCUUAUUAAUCUUGACCUCAUCAAACAAAUUGAUAUAUACAAGCAUGACCCCUGGGAUCUUCCAAAAGUUGGUAGCGCUAAUGGAGAUCAGAAAGAGUUCUACUUCUUCUGCAGAAGAGGAAAAAAGUACAAGAACAGCAUAAGACCCAACAGGGUGACAAGAUCUGGCUUUUGGAAAGCCACAGGAAUCGACAAGCCAAUAUAUUCUCAUGUUGAAGGAAGUGCUCAGGAAUGCAUUGGUCUGAAGAAGUCAUUAGUUUAUUACAGAGGAAAAGCUGGUAAAGGUGGCACUAAAACUGAUUGGAUGAUGCAUGAGUUCCGUCUCCCAGCCAGCAAAAGCACCAACCUUAUAACUAACCCAAAGAACUCUACCCAAGAAGCUGAAGUUUGGACACUUUGUCGGAUUUUUAAGCGAGAUGUUUCUAACAAAAAGCAUGCUUCAGAGUGGCAAAAGAACAACCCUAAACGAAAUCUGGGUUAUUCGAGCUCAAUAACAUGCAGUUCUGAGUCCAACAACAUUACAGGCGAGUCAAAUUCGAGCUUUGGAGCUUUGGCUGCUGAGAUUGGAAAUAAGGGGAGACCCAUGAUCAGUAGUAGUACUGAUGAUCAUCCUAUGGACGAAAAGAACAAUAUGUCAUUUGCACGACAGCGGAUCUUGACAGGUCAGGUUCCGUAUAAUAUGGCAUCAUGUUUAAGCGUCACGAACCCAAACGAUGAAGAUCAUCGCGAAAUAUCAUGUAAAGAGGGAAACUGGGAUGAGCUGAUGCCAGUUGUUGAGUUUGCUAUUAACCCAUCACUGCUAUACAGUUUUAGGUAGAUCAAGGUACAACAUAUAUACAUAUACAUAUACAUAUAUAUAUGUAUGUAUGUAUGUAUGCAUGUAUAUAGGUCAUGAUCUCUUAAUUUAUAUAACCGUUUUGAGGGUUAAUUACAAGUAGAAAACAAUUAAGUAAUGCAAUAUAUAAUAUUUAGGGAUUGCAGCAACGGUACUACUUUAUUGCAUCCUAAUGAUGUUUUAUGAGUUAGCAUUAUAACUGACUUGUGCUGUAUCCAUUAUAAUUAGAACUAGUAAAUAAAGAUCAAUGGGUGCGGAUCUGCCUGUUCUUAAUUCCCAUUUU